AUGCAAAGCAAGCUGCGGCCGCGUCAAUAUGUCAACCUGAACUUCAACAUCAAAUCUCAGCCUCAGCCUCAGCGCCAUAACUCCGACAACACCUGCCCCAAUUGGCCAUCUACAAUCCGUCGAAGCUUGAGUUUGACUAUCAAAUUACACAAAAACACUUUGUACUCCUCUGCCGCCAUGUCGGAAGCUCCAGCUCGCAAGCCCGACAAGGACUUUACCAGCGAGGUCGACAAACAGCUUCCCGAAGCAGAGAAGCUUGCUCAAGCAUCAGAUCUUGCCUCCACUUCUCGUAUCCUGGUCUCAAUAGUCACAAUCAGCAAGGAAUCGGGCGACUGGAGUCUGCUGAACGAGCAAGUCCUGCUGCUUUCUAAGAAGCAUGGCCAGCUCAAACAAGCCAUCACCAAGAUGGUGCAGGUGGUCAUGGGAUUCCUGGACUCGGCGCCUGACAGCGAGACCAAGCUAUCAACGAUUGAGACUCUGCGAACCGUUACCGAGGGCAAGAUAUUUGUGGAGGUGGAGCGGGCCCGUGUUACCAAGGUUCUGUCGGAUAUGAAAAGAGAGCAGGGAGAUUUAAAGGCGGCUGCGGAUAUCCUGUGCGAGCUUCAAGUUGAGACGUUUGGAUCUAUGGAGCGACGAGAGAAGACGGAAUUCAUCUUGGCACAGGUCGGGCUCUGCAUAGAGAAUGAAGACUGGACACAAGCUGGUAUUUUGAGCCGGAAGAUCAGCACGAAGUAUCUAUCAAGAAAGCCGAAGAAAAGCGAGGAGGAGCUGGCCAAGGAGAAGAAGGAGCGCGAAAAGAAGAGAGCCAAGGGAGAGGACAUUCCAGAGCCGGUGGAAGACGAUGUUACGGAUUUGAAGCUGCGGUACUACGAGCAACAGAUUACCCUGGCUAAGCACGACGACAAGUACCUCGAUGCUUGCAAGCACUACAGACAGGUGUUAGAUACCGAGGCUGUCGAGGAGGAUCCCGACAAGCUUCACGCAAUCCUUCAAAGAAUUAUCUACUUUGUAAUCCUGGCCCCGUAUGACAACGAGCAAUCCGACCUCCUCCACCGCGUCUUCCGGGACACCCGCAACACGCAAGUCCCCCUCGAAGCCCAACUUCUCAAGCACUUCACCGUCCACGAACUCAUGCGCUGGCCCGAAGUCGCCAAGGUCUUCGGCCCACACCUCUGCCAAACCGACGUCUUCGAUGCCACGCCAGGCCAAUCUUCUGAUAAGAAAGCCAAUACCCGCUGGGCCGACCUCCGCAAGCGUGUCAUUGAGCACAAUGUCCGUGUCGUGGCUAAAUACUACACCCGCAUCCAGAUGCCGCGUCUCACGGAACUGCUGGACCUGACGGAAGACGAGACCGAGAAGUACAUUAGCGAGUUGGUGACUGCGAAGACGGUUUUUGCGAAGAUUGACCGUCCGGCGCGGAUUGUCAACUUUGCGAAGCCGAGAGACGCGGAUGAUGUUUUGAAUGAGUGGAGCGCGAAUAUGAAGAGCCUAUUGGGACAUUUGGAACGCAUUGAUCAUUUGAUCACCAAAGAGGAGAUGAUGGCGCAGAUUCAGCCGGUGAAUGCUCCCAAGGCGGAAGGGCAGACUGGGAUGGCGCAAUAG